AUGUCUUACGGAAUCCUGGUAAUCGCCGCUCUGGCCGCCGUCGCCAACGCUGGUAUUCUGCAGGCGCCAGUGUCCUACGCCGCUCCCUUAGCGGUAUCCAAAACUGUCGUAGCCGACGAAUACGACCCCAAUCCACAGUACUCCUACGCAUACCAGGUCCAAGACAGUCUGACCGGUGACAAUAAGCAGCAGAGUGAAACCAGGAACGGAGACAGUGUCCAAGGAAGUUACUCUUUGGUGGAUCCUGAUGGCACCAUUCGUACCGUGGACUACACCGCUGAUCCUAUCAACGGGUUCAACGCUGUGGUGUCUAGACAACCCCUGGGGGUCCCUGCUGUGGCUAAAGUGGCCGCCCCCGUAGCGUACGCCGCUCCAGUGGCUAAAAUCGCCGCCCCUCUGGCGUAUGCCGCCCCCGCCUACUACCACUAG